UUGGCGGAGAUGUCACUAGGAGUGUUUGGCUUUUCUUUCUGUCCUUUUAUCUCUACACCAAACAUCUGUAUCUGAGUGUUGGUCUGAUUUUUCAGACAUGUCUUUGUUAGGUUUAGCAAUGCUCUUAUAUAAAGGAGAGACAGAAGAGGAAGAAGGCAGAUGACUGGAAAGGAAAGUUCGAGGAAGCUGAGGAGCUGUAGUUCAGUGGGGCAGGCUGUUCCAGGUUAGCAGGUUGCUAUGGCAUCUGGACCAAAAAUGUCAGCCCCCAUUUGUCUGGUGGAAAAUAACAAUGAGCAGCUGAUGGUGAACCAGCAGGCUCUAAGAAUUCUUGAGAAGAUUUCUCAGCCAGUCAUAGUGGUGGCCAUUGUUGGACUGUACCGUACAGGAAAAUCCUACUUGAUGAACCGUCUGGCAGGACAGAACUGCGGCUUUCCUUUGGGCUCCACAGUGCAAUCUGAAACCAAGGGCAUCUGGAUGUGGUGUGUGCCCCACCCCAUCAAGCCAAAUCACACCCUGGUUCUUCUGGACACUGAGGGCCUGGGAGAUGUGGAAAAGGGUGACCCUAAGAAUGACUCCUGGAUCUUUGCCCUGGCUGUGCUUCUCAGCAGCACCUUUGUCUACAACAGCAUGGGCACCAUCAAUCAGCAGGCCCUGGACCAGCUGCAUUAUGUGACAGAGCUGACAGAAUUAAUCAGGGCAAAGUCCUCCUCAGAGCCUGAUGAAAUAGAAGAUUGCACAGAGUUUGUGAGUUUCUUUCCAGACUUUGUCUGGACUGUCCGGGAUUUCACCCUGGAGCUGAAGUUUAAUGGUGAGGACAUCACAGAAGACCAGUACUUGGAGAAUGCCUUGAAGCUGAUUAAAGGGAAUGGCUCCAGAGUUGCAAUGUUCAAUCAGCCCAGGGAAUGCAUCAGGAAUUUCUUUCCGAAACGGAAGUGUUUUGUCUUUGACCGGCCAACAAAUAACAAAGAACACCUAGCCCAUAUUGAGAGCAUCUCAGAAGACCAACUGGAUCCUAAAUUCCAGGAACAAACAAAUAGUUUCAGUUCUUACAUCUUUACCCAGGCAAAGAUCAAGACACUCAGAGAGGGGAUUGUGGUUACUGGCAAUCGCCUGGGGACUCUGGUGGUGACCUAUGUAGACACCAUCGCUAGUGGAUCAGUGCCUUGUUUGGAGAAUGCGGUGACCACUCUGGCCCAGCGUGAGAAUUCAGCAGCUGUGCAGAAGGCAGCCGACCACUACAGUGAGCAGAUGGCCCAGCGGGUGCAGUUCCCCACAGACACACUCCAGGAGCUGCUGGAGGUGCACGUAGCCUGUGAGAAGGAAGCCAUCACAGUCUUCAUGGAGCACUCCUUCAAGGAUGAAAAUCAGGAGUUCCAAAAGGAACUGGCGAAAAUAAUAGAGGAGAAGAAGAACUAUUUCUUGCUGAAGAAUGAGGAGACCUCUGAAAAAUACUGCCAGGCUGAACUGAAUCGGCUUUCAAAGACCCUAAUGGAAAGCAUUUCUGCAGGAACUUUCUCUGUUCCUGGAGGCCACAAGCUCUACAUGAAAGCAAGAGAAAAUGUUGAACAGAACUAUUUGCAAGUGCCCAGGAAAGGAGUCAAGGCAGGCGAGGUCUUCCAGAGGUUUCUGCAGUCACAGACAGCAACAGAGAAGUCUAUCCUGCAGGCAGAUAAAGCCCUCAGUGAUAAGGAGAAGGCCAUUGCAGAGGAGCGGGCCAAGAAGGAGGCAGCUGAGAGGGAAGAGGAGCUUUCAAGACAGAAACUACAGGAACAACAGCAACAGAUGGAGGCUCAAGAGAGGAGUUUCAAGGAAAACGUGGAGCAACUGAAAAAGAAGCUGGAGGAGGAGAGAGAAGAGCUCCUGAAAAACCAGAACACCAUGUUGGAGCACCAGCUGAAGGUUCAAAAGGAUUUGCUUGAGGAAGGAUUCAAGAGGAAAUCUGAGGAAAUGAAUGCAACAAUUAAUCAACUGAGAAAUAUGAUUGAUAAUACAAAGGAGAGUAAAAUUCCCUGGAUUUUUCAAGUAUUGGAAUCAUUUGGCAAUGGUCUAAAUGCAUUAUUUUCUCUUGGUAGUUCUGUUGGUAAACUUGGAAAAGGACUUUACUCACUGUUUAGAAAGAAGUAAGGAAAAAUGUGGCUUGUGGUAUAUGCUUUGGCCUAUUUUGGUGCUCAAGUUUUUCAUUUUAAUUCUGCAAAGUUUUAAACAUAAAAAGUGCUUGCUAGAAGAUAUCAGUGCAUGACCUGCCUUAGAUGGAACAAAUGCUUGGAAACAUUUACAGAUAAUGCUAGUUUUAGUAAACUCACAUUUGCAAUAGUUUACAUACAUAAGAGGUUCUUUAAUGCAUUGAUUUUAAUCAGAAAAGUUUGGAAACUAUGUAAAUGUCAUCUACAUAAAAUUGGUACUAUACAUUUUCAUAUGUGUCAAUACUGGAAUAGCCAGGAAACAAAAUGCCUUGGAACUCUAGGUACCCUAAUACAAAGGAUCUUGAAGAUAAAUUGUUACGUAAAAACAAAGUCCAAAAUAGUAUAUAUGGUUGACCACUAUUAAAAGUGAAAUUAUCAUAUGCAAAUAUACAUUGUACAAAUAAAAUGUCUUUUGAAGUUUUAAUGAGAAACUAAUAUCAUUGGCUCCUUUUGGGGAGAAAUGAUUGGAAUCAGAGGUUCAAGGGACACAUACCAUUCAUUACCUACUCCAUCUUUGGAAGAUCAUAAAGAAAGCUUGUUAUCUCAUUCAUUUUGAAAAAAAAAUUAUAAAUUAUAGUGAUAGUGAUAAUCAUGAAAGUAGAUUUGACCAUUAUAUGAUGAAAUGUCUUAUUAUUUCUGCAAAUAACAUCAGCCAGCUCAACUUUUAUUCCAUCCAAGCCAUCAUCCUAUAGGAUGGUGCUGCCUGUGCUUAGGGAGGGUCUUCACUUCAGUUUGAUAUCCCACAUGCCAAACAUUCCUAGACACACCCUAUUGACACACCCAGAAGCCUUUUAAUCUUUGAGGUCUCUUAAUCCAAUCAAGUUGACAAUUCAAAUUAAGCAUUUCAAAUAUUAAGUAAAUAAUUGGACUAAGAAUAAAAUCUAAAACUCUAGUACAUAUAUGAACAAAUCUGAGCAAAAUUCUUAAAACAAGUUGAUAAUGUAAUAAAAUUAUCUUAUAGACAUCAUUUCUUCUGAAUCAUAGAAAUCUAUAUGAAAAGCUAACAAAAUGAUGACUAUAGUGAUGAUUAUAGCCAGAAAUUCGACACUGACUUAAAGCUCACCUUUAUGAGUUUGUGUUCUGAUUUGUUUUACACAUUCAUAAUUCAGAGAAAAAAAACUCAUAUUGAAAGGGUAGAGUUUCUAAGCUGCUUCUAAACUGCAAAGCCUGAGUUAAAAUGUAAAAGACCGGGCAUUGUAAAGUUUCUAAGCUGCAAGGCCUGAGUUAAAAAGUGAAGGACCAGGAAUUGUUAAGUUCCUCUGCUACAUCCAGAACCUGAAAUUCCUGAGGCAGUUAAGACAAUGCUCUACUGGCCAUUUAGUUGAUUAAUAGCCUAGGGCUCUGUGCAGCUUGUCACGUAGGCAUACAGGGCCCGAACCAAUUAGUUUGAAUGUAACCCCCUCCUUAGGAAUGACCUAUCACUCCAGCCUGCCCUGUUGCCACCAAUGUAUGUACUAAUCAAGUCUAAGAAUUGUUGUUUGACUUUCCCACGGUGUAUGGUGAUUUGUUAAAGGAGACUGUGAUGUAUGUAAAGUCCCCGCCCUCCCCCCAAAAAAGUGUACUUAAGCAUUGUUCAACCCUGGCUCUGGGCUCUGGGCUGCUCUCCCUUCUCGAGUGGGCAUGGAGCCCCAGCAUGCUGGAAUCUCAAUAAACCCCCUCCUGCUUAUUGCAUAAA